UUUGUUUUGUUUUCAAUAAUAGAAUAUCAUCCUUUCUCUUCUACAAGGCGUUUGAGGGCAGAGGACUUCUCAAGGUAGAGAAGUCCAAUUCAGGAGCAGAGCUUCAAUGGCGACCUCGUUUUUCCACCGUUUUCGCCUUCGAAAACCGAAGAGCAAACCGCAACCAUUCCCUUCCACGUCGAAAACCAAGUCGAAUUCUGAUAUGGAGAUCAUGGAGAGGAGGAGAUUUGACAGCUUAGAAUCAUGGUCCAUGAUACUGGAUUCUGAAAAUUUGGACAACUGGGAGGUUUCAAAGGACGAUCAGGAGGAAUGGACUGCUGAUCUUUCCCAGCUCUUCAUCGGAAACAAGUUCGCUUCUGGGGCGCACAGUAGAAUUUACAGAGGAAUUUACAAGCAGAGAGCAGUUGCCGUGAAAAUGGUGAGGAUUCCAAACCAAAAUGAGGAGACCAGAACUUUGCUUGAACAGCAAUUCAAGUCUGAAGUCGCCUUGCUUUCUCGCCUUUUUCAUCCCAAUAUAGUUCAGUUCAUUGCAGCCUGUCAAAAGCCCCCUGUCUACUGUAUAAUAACAGAAUACAUGUCACAAGCUCUUAGGAUGUAUCUCAACAAGAAAGAGCCAUACUCACUUUCAACAGAAACAAUACUGAGGUUAGCCCUUGACAUAUCCCGGGGAAUGGAGUACCUUCAUUCACAAGGGGUCAUCCAUAGAGACCUCAAGUCAAAUAACUUGCUUCUCAAUGAUGAAAUGAGGGUUAAGGUGGCUGAUUUUGGUACAUCUUGUUUGGAAACACAAUGUCGGGAAACAAAAGGAAACACAGGGACUUACCGGUGGAUGGCCCCUGAGAUGAUCAAGGAGAAGCCCUGCACUAGAAAAGUUGAUGUGUAUAGUUUUGGGAUUGUGCUGUGGGAGCUCACUACAGCUCUGCUCCCAUUUCAAGGAAUGACCCCUGUGCAGGCUGCAUUUGCUGUCUCUGAGAAGAAUGCUCGGCCACCAUUGCCUGCUAGUUGCCAGCCAGCACUUGCACACCUCAUAAAGCGCUGCUGGGCGGCCAACCCCUCAAAGCGGCCUGAUUUCAGCUCCAUUGUUUCCGCCUUGGAGAAGUACGACGAGUGUGUCAAGGAGGGCCUCCCCCUCACUUCCCACUCAGGACUAGUGAACCGCAACGCCAUUCUUGAACGCUUGAAAGGCUGUGUCGCCAUGAGCUCAUCAAUACCUGUACAUGCCUGA